UAUCGAUUUUAGAAGCAAAGCUGUCCUAUAUGGUCCAACAUCGAUUUGACGGAGAUACCAAGCACCGGUUUGGCAGUCGAUCUAAUCAAAAGAUCCACCGUGUUGGAGAAGCCGACGAGGAGCGAAGAACGAGAGAAGGAUUCGUCCCGGGACUCCGCGAGCGGAACGUUCGUAGACGGCGAGCUACACUCCACGACGACGACAACGACGACGACGACGUUUCCGUCGGGGUAGCCGUCGGGGGUAGCCGAGGAAGAGGAGAGGACACCUUCCGUUGUAAGAGCGAGCCCGAGCUCUGCGCGAGGACGUGCACCGGGGGGGAUCAUGCAGAACUAUGGCCACGAGGACUACGACUAUGGAGCGCAGGGCGACGCGCCCGUGCAACCGAACAGCCGGACUCUGCCGCAAGUUCCGGGCGCUAGGCCGAUGGUGGACCCACAGGCGGAGGGUAUCGUCGAUCCCGAGCUGUAUCCUCAGCCGAAGGAGGCCACGCAUAAGAUCCGCGGCAAGAGCGACAUCCUGGAGUACCUGUUCGGCGCCGUCGAUCAGGAGCUCCUCACUGUAAAGACCUUCUACUUCUUCUUCUACUCCGCCUUCGGCUCGCUGUUUCCGCUCAUGGGAGUGUACUUCAAGCAAAUGGGCAUGAACGCCGGACAGUGCGGUCUCCUCAUCGGUCUCAGGCCCUUCAUCGAGUUCCUAAGCGCUCCUUUCUGGGGAUCCCUGGCCGACAGAUGGCAGAAAGGCAAACUUAUUUUGUUGGCUUCUCUCUCCUGUUGGAUCAUCUUCACUCUACCGUUGGGCUUCAUCCAGCCUCCGCCGACCUCUUGCAUAGUUCAUGCGAACAACAGCGCUUAUCUCGAGGCGUUCAACAAAGAGCAGAGAAUCGUGAAGCGAUCGACCGACUUGGACGAGCUGUACUACCCUGUGAACGAGAACGAAUAUCUGGAGGUCGCGUCCAACGUCGUCUUCGAGAGGUUACGACGAAGCACGGAUGACAAUGAAAUAUAUGAUCAUCAAUACGUGAGGAGGUCGGAUCCGUUGAAGGAAGUCAGCAUGCUCGGAAAGUCCUACGACAUCGAGGGAAAUGGCGUCAGAGCUUUCGAUAACGACGUUUCCGUCACAUACGACUUGAAGAGCAACCGAGUCAGAAGGCAAGCAGCGGCAGCCACCACCGAGGACAGCAAUGUCGAAGAUCUCAGGUACAAGCAGUUGGUAUUUGAAAACAACGGCGAUACGGAUCCGACGACAAUCGACCUGGAGGCGUUGCAGGAGAAAAAUCGCCCGGCCGAUGUUUUGGAGUACAAACGUUUUAUGAAGAAUGAGCCGAUCACCGGUAGAACGGUCCCGAAGAAGGCUUACGUGCACAUGAAGACGCGCGUGAAACCGCCACCGGAGAAGAUAAUGGUGAAACGAGACACGGAGAGGAAGCUGACGUCUUUGGAGGAGGAGGAGGAGGAGGACGAUGCAGUCCAGUUUGAUGAUAAUGACAAAGAGGAGGACCAAGAAAACGCGAACAUGUUCUUCACGAGGAAUCGCAGAAAUGCAAAUGCCGUAGUCCACGGACCCAUUGGAGAGUACCCGUUGUCUCCGUUAUCGGUUACCUACGCGGAGAACUACGAUGCGAAGGAGAAUAAAGGAUGGGUGAAACCAAUCUUCAGCUCCAUAGUCUAUAGAUUGCCGGACAUCCAGAAAACAUUCUUUCUUCUGCUACUGCUAGUCAUAGUCGGCGAAUUCUUUUCGGCACCCGCUAUAACUUUAGCCGACUCGGCUGUUAUCACCUUGUUGGGCGAAGAUGCCGAUAGAUACGGCCAUCAACGCAUGUUCGGAAGUCUCGGGUGGGGCUUGGCCAUGUUCUUCGUCGGGAUCGCCCUCGACCACAGCACCGCGUUCCCAGACCACCCUUGUAAGCCCGACUUGAGAGAAAAGAAUUACACGAUUUGUUUCGCGAUAUUCAGUGUGCUAAUGGGUGCUGCGUUAAUAACCGCGACGCAAAUUAAUUUCAAGUAUGACUUUAUGCCCGCUGAGCCGGAAGUGGAGAAACCUCCGGCCGAACUGACGCGGGAGGAACAACUGCAGAAUCAGUUAUCCCAGCAGUUGAAUCUGCCUGGACUGCAGGACUCGUCCGCUGCUGUGGAUCCUAAGCCUCAACCUCCCGAAGGGAAGACGAAAAUGUUUGCUCAAACGACGAAAGAGAUACCGGAGUGGGUGACAGUGUUGAAGCAAUUCAAAGAUCUCAAGUGCGCCUCGUUUCUCUUCGUUGCGUGGUUCAUGGGAUUCGGCAUUGGGUUGAUCUUCACCUUUCUCUUCUGGCAUCUUCAGGAUUACGGCGGCUCGCCGACCCUCUUUGGCGUUGCGUCCGUGAUCAACCACAUUUCCGAGAUCUUUGCGUAUUUCUUCAGUUUCAAGCUCAUCCGCCAGAUUGGCCACGUUAAGGUGUUGUGCCUCGGUUUAGGCGGAAACGUGCUUCGGUUCCUUUAUAUAUCUUGGCUGAGGAAACCAUGGUGGGUGUUGCCCUUCGAGUUCAUUCAGGGUAUCACACACGCGGCCGUGUGGGCAGCAUGCUGCAGCUACAUCGCUCACAAUACACCGCCGCAAUUGCGCUCCAGUGCACAGGGUGUUCUUCAGGGACUUCAUCAUGGGCUUGGGAGAGGUUGCGGAGCGGUGAUCGGUGGCAUGUUCGUUGCGGCCUAUGGUACGACCACAACGUUCCGAGCGUACGGUCUUAUUUGCAUCGUUGUCCUGGCGAUCUUCGUGUUCAUCAAUUUCUAUAGGAAGGAUACCGGUUUCGUGUCCGAGCUACCACAGACGGAGGAUCCGCAUCAAGUAGCGGAAGCCACCCAUUUGGCACCGCACGGCGUACCGAGCAACGCUAUACCUAGAGCAUUGAGUUCCAGUCGUUUGCACGAACUGGCUAAUCAAGAUGCUGGUUACGGUGCUACUUAUCAGACUAGUGGUGGGAAUCUGGCCGUACCCGGCGCUAAUGGAGGUCCUGGCAAUCCAACGAAUCCAUUCUUGAAUAGCGGCAGUGGCGGCGAAGGUGGAUAUAAUUAUGGUAUGACUGGCAAGGGAGAGGACGAGUAUAUUCGUAGGAGCUUCCAGAUCUACAGUGAAGUGGUGGGUAGGGAAUUCGAUCUCGUAAAACCGACUAUCCACCUACACGCCCAACAACCAUGCACUAAUCCCUUUCAUCAACAUGACUACGACUGGUAACGGCUCGAUCUCUACUAAUACGAGGUUUGUUAUGUAAGAUUGGUAAUCUGAAAUGCGGAUACGAUUGCGGGAAAGAGAGAGAGAGAGAAAGAGGGAAGGGGGGAAGAAAUAGAGAACACUACUGAGAUAAAUAAUAUAAAUAUAAAUACAAAUAUAUAAAUAUACAUAAUGUACGUGCACAUACGUGUGCGUACGCGCGUGCGCGCAUGUCGUCUUUGAGCUGUCGUUAUAAGGUGUGUCGAGAGAUGAUGUGAUAAAAUAGCUGGUGGACGAGCGGAAAGUAAAUGGACGCUUUUUUUUCUUCUUUUUCCUUUUUUUUUUAAUGCCCCACUCGGUAGACCUAUGAAAUUUUAUUAUGACAACUUUAUCACCGUCCUCCGGCUUGCUUGUUUCUUACAAUUUGGUCUUUUGCGUAUCCUGCUUGCCGUUUACCUUGAACUCCCCUGACGAAGGAACCUGGAGCUAAUUUAAUGCGUCAGGGAAUUAGUGGUAAGACUAAACACACGUCGAGUUGCGAUCGGAAGUGCUUAUCGACAAGUUCCCUGAUGUUCCAAGGUCCAGUUCCACAAAUUCGAUUUCAAGCCAUGCUUAGCUGAACGACUGUUAUUUAACAUCAUUUAACAUCAUGGUUAAACUUGCAUUGCGUUCCACAUUGUAUUUAUAACUGUAGUUUAACUAUAUAAACCUACAGUUUGUAUGAAUAAAGUUCAAAGAUUUCUCCUUCUUGUCAAACAUAGAUUGUGAUUGAUCAAUAAUAAAUGGUCGGAAAUAAGACGGGAGGAAGGAGUAAGAACGAAAACAAGUUGCAAGAUUUUUACUAACAUUGCAGCAACAGAUUCUUUGGAUUAUAGGAGUGAAAACACAAAAAAACUAGUGAAUAUUAUGCGAGACGUGUCUUUAUUGUUCGGUCACUUCUUUCGCUCAGAUCUCUCUCUGGUCUCUGGGAUCUCUAAUCUCCGACGCCGCCUUUUUGUUUAUGCCAGUCGUGGAAUCUACAUUUGUUAUCGUUACGUAAUCGCCUACAUUAUAUUUAGUCACUUUUUUGCGCUUAUUGUCAUACGAUUUCUUAUUAGCGAUUUGACUCUCGUUCACUCUCUGGGAAACUUUUUGACGCGACUCUGGCAAAUUUCUAUCUUCUGUGAUCGAAUUGUCUAAAAGCAUACGCAGGAAAUUAUUUAUUUGUCCCACCUGAUCCAGUCCAAACAACAAUUGACUGGGGAUAUCUCCGUAUACAGUAUUAUUAAUCGCAAACUUUACUAAACGAAUCGAUUGAUCAAGCCCGGAGUACAUCGUGUUAAGCACCACGGAUCUCUUGGAGAGGAUGAGACGACUGUUCGACCAUCGUCCGAGCAGACUAACUCUAAGAAAAGAAUUCGAGCAGAGACCGGGGAAUCAUUCAGCGAGUACUACCAUAGCAAGGUGACUUUGACAAACCGUAUACCCAUAGAGAGUGGUGAGCUUAUUGAUUACAUAAUCGACGGUAUACCCGACGGAGUACCCGAUCGACGACUGCAGGACCAAGCAAGAUUGCAACGCUUUGGAGAGGCGGCCUUGGUGGAGGCAUUCGGAAAAAUCACAUUGAGAGGCAACCCGAGAGCUGAAAAACUAUGCUAUAAUUGUCGUGAGAAGGGACAUCGCGCAAUCGACUGCAGAAAACCGCGAGCUGUGCAAAAGAGAGUUGCGAACGGUGGCGCGGCGACGACUCGCGGCCCUACGAGGAAGGCCACGUAUCCUCUCAGUAUGUCAUCCAUGCAUAGGUCAUCCGAAAAGUUGUGAGAAUCCCCGCCAUCUAUCGCAUUUGGGAUCGGUUUGUUCGGCAGUGCGUGGGUCAAGGCUUAUAGGUGAGGACUCGUUUAACAGAUGGCGCUUUGCUCUUUAAAAUGCAGGUCUUGUGUUGACAAACAAAGUAAGCAAUAUUGGAUGGCGCGAUUGCGAAAAUGGACAGCCAAUUAUGCUUUUUUGCUUUCGGAAAGGAAUCGCGGUGAAAACUAGCUUCACUAAACUAGUGAAAUUUUCAACAUUUAUGGGAAGGAUGCUGUAUCGAAUCAAAUAGUAAGCUGAUGAUUCACGCGAUUUCGUAAUAGCAAUUUCGAGCUCGAAGAUGUCCUACGGUCUGAAAGACCUUCCACACCAUUCGAGGACCGCCUGAAGCAAGCAGUGGAUGAAAAUCUUCGCAGAAGUGUAUUGGAACUCUCACAGGAUCUUAACGUUCCUAAAAGUACGCUCCAUGACCAUUUAAAAUAUGUGAAUUAUAUGAGUCGCCUCGAUGUCUGGCUUCCUCACACAUUGACUGAACGCAACCUCCUCGCUCGCGGUGACGCGAGCGAUGCUCUCUUAAAAAAAAUUCCAAAGAGUUUUUUGAAGCAGUUGAUGACUGGCGACGAAAAGUGGAUACUCUAUCGUAGUGUAACAAGGAAACAAUCAUGGGGAAAGUCGAAUGAACCUCCACAAACGAUUUCAAAAGGAGGGCUGCACUUAAAGAAAGUUAUGCUUUGCAUCUGAUAGAGUUUUAAGGGUGUCGUCUACUUCGAGCUUCUUCUACAGAAUUAUUCGAUCAAUUCUGACAAAUACUGCGCUCAGCUAACUGACCUGAAAGGAAAUCUUGCCAUAAAAUAUCCAGAACUGGUGAAUAGGAGAGGCGUCGUUUUUCGGCAUGAAUGCGAGGCCAUAUGUUUCAUUGGUGGUUCGCAGAAAACUCAUUGAGUAUGAUUGAGACGUCUUGCCCCACCCUCCAUGUUCACCGGACAUUAUUCCUUCUGACUAUCACUUAUUCCGGGCGUUGCAGCACUCUUUGAAGGAUAAAGAGUUCGAUUCGUUGGAAGAAAUCAAAAGCCAUCUGACUGCAUUCUUCGAGGGAAAACCUAAGUCAUUCUACGAGCACGGAAUUUUCUCUUUGCCCGAAAGAUGGCAAACAAUGAUAGAUCAAAAUGGACAAUACAUUAUAGAUUAAUUGUUGGUGGAACAAUUAAUAAAUUUUUGUUUUAAAGCUUCAAGAAUUCUUAGAACUUUUCGGAUAACUUAAUAUAUUAAAACUUUAUUUUUCGAUAUCAUCGACCAAAACACGUCGUAAAUAUAUCUGUGGAAAACGCGAGGAGCAUUCGUGAGGCCGAAGAGCAUACUCAUACUAUCCCAGAGGCGUUAUGAAGAACGUAUACUUGAUCAAAGUUCCAGCUACUUUAACGUGGUGGAAUCUGUCUUUGAGGUCGAGACAACUAAAAAUCUUUUUAUCUCCCAAUCGAUCCAAUUGAUCGUCUAUCUCAGUGGCGUCGGGAAAUUAUCUUUGAUCGUUUUAUUAAGUUCCCUAUAGUUUACACAUAAUCUUAAACCCCCGUCUUUUUUUGCACCAGUCGGGCUCGUAUAUGGAAAAGCGCUCUCUCGGACAACACCUUUCUUCAUUAACUCCUCCAGAACAGCAUGUAACUUUAUUUUAUUUGUAUGUGCCAUUCGACGCGCGCGAAAACUAAUCGGUUGCUCAUGUUUCAAGCGAAUCGUCAUUUCCGGUUUAUGCAACGGCGGCUCAACUUUUUUUUCCGAUAGAUACGCGUCCUCGUAAAUUCGUCUCAAUCUAUUAGCCACGUCGUGAGGAGCGCUCGGAUCAACAUUUAGUUCAAAUUUAUCCGAUUGAUCAGCGCAGUCAAUAUGUAUUAUUUGAUUCGAUAAAAUUAUCCGUCUCAAUUACAGAGUCAGGUACGUUUCGCGAAAUUGUAAGCGCUUGAUUAAUAGUCAUUCUCUCCGCAGAGUUAGAGAUGAAGUCUCCCCCCAAUAGAGCAGCACUGCUUAUCGUCGUAGGCACAACAAGAAAUUUAAGGUGAACGUCAAUACCGUUGAUCCUAACGAUCUUUUUGAAAACGCCAAAUAUUUUUACUUGCGAGCCAUUAAUGCCGCUAUAGCGAUAUUCGUCUUCUGUCACCGGAACGCAAUAAUCAACCAGCGCGUAGUCAGACUUAAUUAGGCUAAUCGGCGACCCGGUAUUUACGAUUGCUAUAAAAGAGUAUUUAUUUGUCUUACAUUGAUCGUCAAAGAUCUCGUAACUCACUGACACUAUAUACGGUUCGCUUCCCACAAUCGACUGGAUGAAAUAAUACAUCCCAGUUGAUACGCUAACCUCUCUCCGAGGGCCGCGAGUCGUCGCCGCGCCACUGUUUACAACUCUCUCUUGCACGGCUCGCGGUUUUCUGCAGUCGAUUGCACGAUGUCUCUUCUCCCGAUAAUUAUAGCAUUUUAAAGACACCCGCGGCGCCGCGCCCGUCUCCGCACGUCCACUUGCGGUCGUUCUCGCAUCGUUCUUAGGCCUCCGCUGAUCCCUUCGCCCUUCGGUUUUCUUAGCUCUCGGGUUGUCUCAAUGUGAUUCUCAAUGUGAUUUUUCCGAAUGCCUCCACCAAGUUGGCCGCCUCUCCAAAGCGUUGCAGUUUCGCUUGAUCCCGCAGUUGUUGAUCGGGUACUCCAUCGAUUAUGUAAUCGUCACUCUCUAUGGGUACACAGUUCGUCAAAAUCAUCUUGCUAUGGUAGUACUCGUUGAAUGACUCCUCGGUCUGCCACAUUCUCUGCUCGAAUUCUUUUCUUACAGCUAAUUUACUCGGAAGAUGGCCGAACAGUCGUCUCCAAGAGAUCCGUGGCGCUUAACACGAUGUACCCCUUGAGUGUAACCAGUUGAGGGCUUUCCUCCUUAGUCUCAGACUGAUCAACACCCUUGAUGCAUUAUCAUCGAGGUUAUAAGAUUUGUUCGUGCAGCAACUCAACCUGUUGUUUUCACCUCCAGAACUCGCCAUCAACGCCAUCAAAUUCGCCUAAUAAGUCGCCUUAAAGGUCGCCGAUCCCUCCGUCGCCAUGGUCACUCACGACAGGACUUCGACUCGUCGUCUAUCUUCUCAAUUCUAUCUCUCUUCUCAUCAAUUCGAGUUUGCGUCGGAGCAAGUCUCUCUCUCGUCGAACGAGCUCAAGCUCGCGAGCGGCGUCGUUAUUUCGCGCACCAUUCUGCCGCUCUUCCUUCCCGUCCGCAGCAUCGUUCUCGCCGCCGGCCCCAACAUCGUCUCCGCUCGCGCCCGACUUUUCUCCGCUAUCAUUGAGCGUAGCAUUCAGAACAUCGAGGUCGUUUUCUCGUAAAUGCAAAUUCAAUUCAGCUUUAUGAUCUGUAGUAAGAAGAUCUCUUGACCGUAAGAGCUCCUUAACCUGAGACAGGUUGAGUUUUUUCAGUAUCCUGGCUCCAAAUGUCUUUCUUGCACACAGCAAGUCGGUGGGCAGUACGAACUUCGUGCUUCUCCAUGCACACAGCUGGGCAAAUGGCUCCAAGACCUGCGAAAUGAGUACCCGG